CUCGACUUGACCUUAACCACCAACGCCUACCUGCUGCCCCAGCAAGCCAGAGACCUAAAAUACGCCGGCCUUCAGCGGGUUACCAUAAGUCUGGACACUUUGGAUGACGAUAUUUUCAAGCAAAUGAACGGACGCGGCUUUCCGGUGCAGCGAGUCCUGGACGGAAUUGAAAAAGCUGCGGAAGUCGGCCUUGCUCCCAUCAAGAUUAACGCGGUGGUGCAAAAAGGAGUAAACGACCACUCACUGGUCGAGUUGGCCCGUUAUUUCAAGGGUACUGGCCACAUAGUCCGCUUCAUCGAGUACAUGGACGUAGGUAACCGUAACGGCUGGAAGUGGGACCACGUCGUGCCUGCCGCAGAAAUUAUCAAACAGAUCGACGCCGAACUCCCCUUGGAACCAGCGGACAGCAACUAUCGAGGAGAAGUGGCCAACCGGUACCGUUAUAAGGACGGAACUGGAGAGAUCGGCGUAAUCGCAUCGGUGACUAUGCCGUUCUGUGGCGACUGCACCCGGGCACGUCUCUCAACCGAUGGGAAAUUAUAUACCUGCCUCUUUGCCUCAAGUGGCGUAGACUUGAGAGACCAAAUGCGGGCCGGAGCAACUGACGAAGAACUGAAUAACCGUAUCCAGGCAAUCUGGGGAAUCCGUUCUGACCGCUAUUCAGAAGAGAGGACCGAACUGGCUCCCAUACAAAAUCCCCGCCAGAAAGUGGAAAUGUACCAUAUCGGUGGCUAG